CACUUCCUGUUUUUGCUUCGAGGCAACAACGUGGAUUCAGUGCAGUUCGCCGGUGUGUAGUAAUAGUGUUAUGUGUCACCAGAGUCUUGUUCACUCUCUACAAUGCAGAUAUCUAGUGUGAAUGAUGUGAAAAUUUACAAUUUAAGCCAUGGAAAGUCUCUUCCAGAGUGGCUGUCAGAUCGGAAGAAAAGACAGCUACAAAAGAAAGAUGUUGAUAUCCAGCGUAGGAUUGAGCUUAUCCAGGACUUUGAGAUGCCCACAGUGUGCACCUCUAUCAAAGUGUCGAGAGAUGGGCAGUUCAUCCUGGCAACAGGCACUUACAAGCCCAGGAUUCGCUGUUAUGACACCUAUCAGCUGUCCCUGAAGUUUGAGCGCUGUCUGGAUUCAGAAGUUGUGGCCUUUGACGUCCUGUCUGAUGACUACUCGAAGUUGGUGUUUCUGCACUGUGACCGUUAUGUAGAGUUUCACUCCCAGCACGGACACUACUACAAGACCCGUAUUCCUAAGUUUGGACGGGACUUUUCCUACCACUACCCCUCCUGUGACCUCUAUUUUGUGGGGACAAGUUCAGAGGUGUUCAGACUGAAUCUGGAACAAGGGCGCUUCCUCAAUUCACUCCAGACUGAUGCUGUGGAGAACAAUGUGUGCGACAUCAACCCCGUCCAUCAUUUGUUUGCCACAGGAACCUCUGAGGGAAGGGUUGAAUGCUGGGACCCUCGUGUCCGGAACAGAGUGGGCAUGCUGGACUGCGCCCUGAGCAGCCUCACUGAAGGAACAGAAGUACAAGGUUUGCCCUCAAUCAGUUCACUGAAGUUUAAUGGCUCGCUGACGAUGGCAGUAGGCACCAGCACAGGACAGGUGCUGCUGUAUGACCUGCGCUCCAGCCAGCCGCUGCUGGUUAAGGACCACUUCUACAACCUGCCAAUCAAGUCACUCAACUUCCACGAUCCACUGGACCUGGUUGUGUCUGCUGACUCCAAGAUUAUAAAAAUCUGGAACAAAGACAAUGGCAAGGUGUUCUCCUCCAUACAGCCUCAGACCAACAUUAAUGAUGUGUGCAUCUACCCUAAGUCAGGUAUGCUCUUCACUGCCAACGAAGAUCCCAAGAUGAACACAUUCUACAUCCCCGCUCUGGGCCCUGCACCACGAUGGUGCUCCUUCCUUGACAACCUGACAGAGGAGCUGGAGGAGAGCCCGGAGAGUACAGUGUACGAUGACUACAAGUUUGUCACCCGAAAGGACCUGGAGAAUCUGGGUUUGUCUCACCUGGUGGGAUCAUCUCUCCUGAGAGCCUACAUGCACGGCUUCUUCAUGGACAUUAGGCUUUAUCACAAGGUGAAAAGCAUGGCAAAUCCUUUUGCAUACGAGGAGUAUCGAAAGGAUAAGAUCCGCCAGAAGAUUGAGGAGUCCAGGACUCAGAGAGUACAGGUUAAGAAGUUGCCCAAGGUGAACAAGGAGCUGGCUCUCAAGCUGAUGGAGGAGGGUGAUGAUGAAGCAGAGCUGGCUUCCAGGAAAAAGAAGGGCAAGGCUCUUCCCAGCAUCUUGGGCGAUGACCGCUUCAAGUUGAUGUUCGAAAACCCCGACUACCAGGUAGACGAGCAGAGCGAGGAGUUCCGCCUGCUCAACCCCAUCGUCUCCAAGGUCGGACAGAAGAGGAAGAAGAAGCUGCGUCUACUGGCUCAGCAGGCUGCAGCUUCCCAGCAGGCGGCUGAGGAUGAGGAGGAGCCCGAGGGGCGAGCCAGCUCCGAGGAGGAGAGCUCGGACGAUGACAAGAGCUGGGUGGAGGAGGUGAGGGAACAGCGGAGGUUACUACGGCAGGAGGACCGGGACCGACGGCGGCAGGAGAGGAAGGAGGCAGACCGCAACACUGUCCUGCUGAAGAGGGAACAGAAUGGAGAGAAAACCUCAGACAUGGCUGAGAGCAAGAAGACAAGUCAGCCUCAGUUUUAUCAGAUCAAAGCCGGGGAGGAGUUCAGAAGUUUUAAUGACAUGGCCCGCAAGCAGAAACUCCAGAAGGCUUCUCUGGAGGAUCGUCUUAAGUUGGAGGAGCAGUCUGGAACCAGCAACGUGUCUGACACUGCAGUGGGCAGUAAACAGCUAACGUUCACUCUCAAAAAGUCGGAGCAGCAGAGGAAGCAGCAGCAGGCAGAGCGGGAACACCAUCAGGAGAGGAAGAAGCUGAGGCGCUCAGCCGGACACCUGAGCAGUGGCCGUGGAAGAGGCUGGGGCGGCGGCAGAGGAAGAGGAGGAGAGGAGGAGGAAGAGGCCGGUACUGAGGAGGGAGGCCUAGGCCGCUCCCAGGGCCUGGGUUCUGAAUGGACAGCAGAGGCAUUUCUGGCAAAGUCCUCCUCUAAAAAUCUUUUUGUACUUUUGUAGUUUCCAUUGCCUCAGCCCUGAAAGAUGUCUGCAAGUGUUGAGGAACACUGCUUUUAAGCUUUAGGGACAUUCUGGAGCCAUUCUGCACAAGACAGAGACUGACACCAGUGAUCAGAUUAGCCUGCCCCCACUCCUGGGUGGUCUGAGCCAUGUGUUUAGCUGCUCUCUGCAAAUUUAGAGGACAUUAAAAAAAGUUUACUUAUGUGGCAUAUAAUGCUCAUGCCAUUAUCCAUUAUUAAAGUAGCUUGACUGCAUAUUUUUUAGCAGGAAUGGCCCCAGGAGGAAUUAGCAAUAUGAAGAGCUGAAAGGACUUGACAUGACCUGCCUUGUCUCAGGCAUCUAGUUUCUUACUACUGCUCUUCAGUGGAGCCUACUGUUUCAUUUAAUGGAUUGAAGAAAAUGUGUGUGUGUGUAAAAUCAUUUUCUUACAAUUGUAUAUUGUUAAGUCAAUAUUGAAUUAACAACUCUUGUAUAAACAUUUGCUCUUCUA